UUGAAUUGGGUUGAACUGACCAAAGAAUCCGAGCCGGAGGAUUGACUCGUCACUAUAGCGCGCGCCCCACCAGCUUGAGUUCCCCCUUCCGCGGUAGUCAAAGCAACAAGGGAGGGAACUGCAGGUUAUGUGUGUUAUGUAUUUUUUCUUUCCUACCCACCGCCCCGCCCCUCCAGAUUUUCAGGCCAUAGGAAGCCGCUGCCGUCACUUUGCAGAGGUGAGGGGAAAGAGCGUCCGCUGCCUUGCCAAUCAAACGGCACGCCAAUUGAGAGUUAGACGCAUCUCUUUGGCGUUUACUGAUUGGCCAAUCACGAGCUAGCUGUUGGCUGGUGACGAAAUUCAAACGCAGGAAACUGGUUCCUUCUUCCGUACCACCUUUUCCCCCAGCGUUCCAGGAGACACGGAAGGGAAAACAAAAUAUAAGCUAACCCGGUGCAAUGGGUGAUUGAGGAUUAGUUUGGUGCUGUACCCUUUGCAGCCCAGUGCUGUGUUCCUUCCGGAGAACAGGCCACUAUCCAUCUAAUAGAGCUGGUUCACUUCUGCCAAAUUAACAGGAGGUUUGAUCUAAAUAGUGGCACAUCCUUGUAAGCUUUCCAAGGAUGGAAAUGGAGCCAAGACGUCAGGAAACAGAGAUGCAGGAAGAAGAUUUAAAUGAAAAGGGGCUGUUUGUUGCUUCUAUUAUGAGUAGAGUUAGAGACCUAAAAAGCAAAUAUAAAAAUGAAGACAAUAUUACAGAUGAACUUAACUUCACUAAGGUAUCAGCUGAUACAACAGAUAACUCUGGAACAGUUAAUCAGAUUAUGAUGACUGCAAAUAAUCCUGAAGAUUGGUUGAAUUUUCUGCUUAAACUGGAGAAAAAGGGCAAUCCUCAGACUGACAUCAGCUUGUUAAAUAGAUUGAUUGGUCGUUACAGCCAGGCAGUUGCAGCAUUGUCUGCAGAAAAAUAUAGCGAGAAUGAAAGUUAUGCUCACAUCUUGGUUAGAUUUGCAGAACUGAAAGCCAUUGAAGACCCAGAAGAGGCACGUGAUCAGUUCCAUCUUGUCAGACUGAACUGCAAGAAAUUUGCUUUUGUUCAUGUAGCUUUUGCACAAUUUGAACUCUCACAAGGAAAUGUAAAAAAGUGUAAACAGCUUCUUGAAAAAGCUGCAGAAUCUAGGGCACUUCCAUUAGAAAUGUUGGAAAUCGCUCUAAGAAAUUUAAGUUUACAAAGAAAGCAGCUACUUUCACUUGAAGAAAAAGAGAAUUUGACAGCAUCAGACUCUCAUAAUAUAGUUGGAAACUUCCUGAACAGGAAAAAAAAUGCUGAUUCUUCUGAGAUUAUUGCCAGUACUCCCAGUUUUUGUUCUGCGGAGAAAAAUAAUUCUCCUCAAGCAACUGAAUUGGUCUUGGGAGGACGCAAACCCUUGAAACAAUUAAAUAAAUCUAACCCGAUGUGUCCUUUUGGGAGAGUUCCUAUCAAAUUAGUAAGUGAUGAUGAGGGUGAUUCUGUGAAGAUGGCUACUCCAUGUGCAACCCCUAUUGCAAAGAGGCAAAUACCUGGCACCAAUUUGAUCCAGUUGUCGCUACAUGAAUCAAAACGUAAUGGAAAUUAUUCAUAUCCCCUAGGAGAUUUGAAGCCUUUAUCAAGCAGUAGGCCUAUAGACUUGGAGAUGUCAAAUGAAGAGAGCUCAGAAGUAGCUACCAAUUCAACUCUAACCUUAAAGAAUAAACAUGAUUCCAGUUACAUUGUUAAACAGAAAGGAACUGAAGAACAGCAUGAGGAGCCAAGGACCACUGAACUGAGCUGCUUAGAAAGGCUGCAGCCCCAUUGUCUUGAAAAUGACCAAAAAGAACAGUUGAGAUCAAAUUAUUUUGCAUCUGGAAACAAGUGGCUUCAUCCUGAAAUGAUGCACAAUACAAACUCAGAGGGAAAAACCUCAAGUUUUGGACAGCCAGCGUUUCAAGUUUCUAAAAGAUGUUCACCGCCAGAUCCAAUUUUGCAAAACAUUUCACCGCCAGAGACUGCUUCAAAAAGAAACAGCCAGGCAUUUGUUGGCACAACACCUAGCAACAACAUGCUGCAUGAUUACAUGGCCUGUUUCAGUACUCCAGUUGUAACAAAUGAUUUUCUUCUCAUGGGUAAGGCAACAACACCAUACAACCAGCUUUCCUAUUCGCAACCCUGUACUCCAACAACUCCAUUCCAAGUGCACACUAGAUUACCGAUUUCAGCUUCUGCACCUACAAAUGAAUGCAUUGCUAUUAAAGGAAAAUGGUACUCUGUAUUGAAACAAAUUGGUAGUGGAGGAUCAAGUAAGGUAUUUCAAGUACUAGAUGAAAAGAAGCAGCUCUAUGCCAUCAAAUAUGUUAGCCUAGAAGAGGCAGAUGAACAGACUUUAGAAAGCUAUAAAAAUGAGAUUGCUCAUUUAAUUAAACUUCAGCAACAUAGCGAUAAGAUUAUUCGACUUUAUGACUAUGAAAUUGGCAAGAAGAGCAUCUACAUGGUGAUGGAGUGUGGAAAUAUUGAUCUUAAUAGUUGGCUUAAAAAGAAAAAGACAGUUAACCCAUGGGAGCGGAAGAGCUAUUGGAAAAAUAUGUUGGAAGCUGUCCAUACAAUCCAUCAACAUGGUAUUGUUCAUAGUGAUCUGAAACCAGCAAACUUUCUGCUAGUGGAUGGAAUGCUAAAACUAAUAGAUUUUGGCAUUGCAAACCAAAUGCAGCCAGAUGUGACAAGUAUUCUUAAAGAUUCACAGGUUGGCACAGUUAACUACAUGGCACCAGAGGUAAUUAAAGAUAUGUCAACUUGUGGAGAAAAUGGAAAGCCAAGGUCAAAGAUAAGUCCCAAAAAUGAUGUCUGGUCAUUGGGUUGCAUUUUAUACUGUAUGACUUAUGGAAGAACUCCAUUUCAGCACAUAACAAAUCAGAUCACAAAACUUCAUGCCAUUAUUGACCCUAGUUAUGAAAUAAUAUUCCCUGAUAUUGUGGAAAAAGAUCUCCAGGAUGUCUUAAAGCGCUGUUUGGUAAGGAAUCCUAAACAAAGAAUAUCUGUCUCUGAAUUGUUGGUUCAUCCUUAUGUACAUAUUCAAGCCGAUUUGCACACAGGGUGUCCAAAAGAAACAACAGCGGAAAUGAAGCGUAUCCUUGGUCAUCUUAUUGGUCUGAACUCUCCGAACUCCAUUUCUAGAGCUGCUAAAACUUUAUAUGAGCAAUGCAACAACGGAGAAGGUUUAGAUGUGUCUGCUUUUGCAAACUGCGAUAACCAGAAAACAUGGAGCACCAAGUGAUAAAGUUUAGCUUUAAAAUAUAUUAAUAAAAACAUAGUAUACUAUUCUAGGCAAUGGCUGGUCUAUUGAAAACCCAUCUGUCUUGCUCCUUAAAGUUGUUUUAAUAUCUGUGGUAUCAUCUAAAUGCUCUUUGCUAUUUGUUUAUCCAGUAUUUGCAUAUCAGUCUUAAGGGGCACUUAGUCUUGCUGUAUACUUUUAACAGACUGGUUCAUCGCUAUGAUAUUUGGAUGGAAAAUAUUCAUGGAUUAGUGUUUAAACAUUGAAAAUGUGGGUAAUAUUUUGUUGCAUUUCUUAAAAUUGUGCAAAGAACAUUUGGAUUUUUGGGUUAGAACAAAUUUUACUUGCAAACCUCUAGUAUUUGUCAAUGUUUUCCUUAAAAGAUUGAAUUUAUUAUUUUCUUUUCCAUCAGGCAUAAUUGGCAUAUUGACUUUCAAAUCCUGUUGGUGGGGGAUACUGUGUAAGAUAAUACUGAAAAUUAGCUUCUUUUAUGCCGUAUCUCUUGUUUUAUGCUGUACAUACUGCCAUGGAAAUGUUUUGAUUUAUAGAUAACACCAGGUGUUGUGAUAAACAAAAAAUGAACCUUGUAAAUAAAAAUUAAAAUGAUUUACACUGUAA